UUACGUCGCUCCGGUGGGUGACGCAGCCCCUUUUCUCAGGAAAGUAAACAUUCAACCAAGAUGGCUCCGCAGUCAAUUAUUCGAAUGGUACUUCUGGUGUCAUUUUCCGUAUUGCUCACCGUCGCGCUGGGUUUCGGACUACCAGCUCUCCUGAACGCGCUCAUGAGGCUGCUGGGACUACCGGAAACGAGUGUAACGGAGUGCAUCGUUGUGAUAUAUUCGGCUUUCGUGCUGUAUGUCGCUACACCUCGUAUUCCUAGAGGCUCAGUGGAGGUGAAAGGAAAAGCUGUCCUAAUUACAGGCUGUGACUGUGGCUUUGGGUUUGCUCUGGCUAAACAUCUGCACUCGCUUGGCUUCACAGUCUUUGCAGGAUGUCUGUUAAAGGACAAAGGCGGGGACGGCUCAAAGGAGCUUGAGGAGUUUCGUUGCAGUCGCAUGAAGGUGGUUCAGCUGGACGUCUGCAGCGACGAGCAGGUGGGAAAGGCCGUAGAGUUCAUCAGGGAAAACCUGAAGGACUCACAAAGAGAUCUGUGGGCGGUGGUGAACAACGCUGGUGUGUCGACCUUUGGAGAGGUGGAAUUCACCUCUAUGGAGACCUACAGACAGGUGUCAGAGGUCAACCUGUGGGGCACCAUCAGGGUCACAAAAGCUGUUCUGCCCUUAAUCCGUAGGGCAAAAGGUCGUGUCGUGAACCUGGCCAGCAUGUACGGCAGGAUGGGCAACCUAAUGCGGUCCCCGUACUGCAUCUCCAAAUACGGCGUGGAAGCAUUUUCCGACUGCCUUCGCUACGAGAUGAAGACCUGGGGGGUGAAGGUGUCUGUGAUCGAACCGGGGAACUUCAUCGUGGCCACCGGCAUCCUCACCCGUGACAUCGUCGUGUCUACGGCCAACAAGCUGUGGAGCGAGGCUCCGGCGGAGGUGAAGGAGGACUACGGGAAGAGCCACUUCGAGCAGCGCAUGGCUCUGAUGCGCUCCUACUGCAACAGCGGGCAGAAGGAUGUGGCGCCCGUCCUGGACGACAUCACGGACGCCAUUGUGUCCAAGCGUCCGCACACGCGCUACAGCCCCAUGGAGCCCCACUGGUGGGUCAGGGUGCAGGUGAUGACCCACCUGCCUGGCGCCUUAUCCGACCUGCUCUACUUCUAGAGGAAAACAUUCCUGGACUCUUUGGCUCAGUUAGCACGUUCUACGAUGCCGAUGUACAAUCAUUAACCUCACCUGGUUCUGAUUUCCCUGCACUGGAGCCGUAAUCUGUUUUCAUCUUUAAGUAAACUGUUUUAGCUUGCUGUUCAAAUAUCUCUGGAAAAAUAUAGAUAUGCUUUUUUUUAA